UGUCUGCCUUGCGUUAUGUAUGCAGGGAGUGGCCAGUUUUCCUUUCAUAACCAGGGCUGAAAUAAAUAGUUGCUCUGGACAAGACUGAAGAGAUCCCGCUUUUGACUGCAGAGAACACAACAGCCACGAUGAUUUCUCUUCCAGGACUUGUUGUUGGCUUUCUCUUGGCUCUAACAGCUGAGGCCAGAGUUGGAAACUCCUCUGAGUUAGAGUUCUGCUUUGAAACAGAGCAGUGUCUGGUGUUUGACCUGAUCUGUAAGACUCCAGACUAUGAGGUGCGUCGCUACGGCUCUGUGAAAUGGGUGUCAACCAGCGAGAAAUCCUACUUCAUGGAGUUUGCAGCGCCGAGAGCCUUCUCCCGGCUCUUCAAAUACAUCACCGGUGAAAAUGAGGCCGGAGUCAAAAUUGAAAUGACUGCCCCUGUCAUCGUGAAAAUGCCCGUCAAGAGCUUUUGGCAAAGCGGCGUCUACACAAUGAGCUUCCUGCUGCCGGCGGAACAUCAACAAAACCCCCCACAACCUACUAAUGCUGCCGUGUUCAUCCAGGAGACUCCAGAAAUGGGAAUGUAUGUAAAGAGCUACGGAGGCUGGAUGACGACCAUGGCUGACAACAGCAAAGCCAGCAGUCUGUCCUCCACCCUGGACGCAAGUGAUGCGAAGUACGCCAAGGGAUUCCACUACGCCGUUGGCUACAACAGCCCAAUGACGAUGUUCAACAGGCACAACGAGGUGUGGUUUAUUGCCGAGGAUGAGCCAGUUUGCCCCAGCAGCGAGGAAAUGGACUAAUCUCCCCCUCCUCUCAUUCCCCAGGCUCUCAAACAUUGAGGCCUGUGCCGUGACAGCUUACUGCAUUCAGGGUUAGAGAUGUUGCAGCUGAGCUUUGCUUCAAGUCAUAUAUAAGGAUCAAAUACACUGUUUGUUCACUUCCAUAUUCAUACAUCAUACCAACCAACAAGUUUGUUGUUGUUAUUGUUGUUGUUUCAUUUUCAAUAAAGUUACUAUUUUGCAAAGACUCAGGA